AUGAUACACACGUCCAGACCCAUCCCGCCCUUCGAGACGCCCCUCAUCGUCGACGAGGACUGCGACCCCUCCGAGCCGUCGUCGCUGCAGCAGUUCGGCGAGCGAGGUGCCCUGGCUGGCGCCGCACUAGGUGCCGAGCUUCUGUCCAUGUCUGGCUACGAAAAGACGCAGGAACCGUACGGUUUUGAUUACGCCGCCACACGACCUAAUCAAGAGCAGAGCUACCCCGGCUACGCACAGCCAUCUUUCCCCUCGCAGUACCCCAGCGCGCAGGCGCGCCCGUCGCAUGGUCCCUCGACCUCCGAACAGAUGCCUUUCAUCUCUGCUUCCCAGCUCGAGGCGCGUGAUGUAGCCUAUCAAGCCUCGUACCCGGCUUCUUAUAUCGACACAAGGUCGCGCCCUUUUCCCGAAAUAACGUCUUACUCACCCUCCAAAGCCCCGCAUGGAACGAAGCUCCUCAUCUCCAUCCGCACCACCUACGACCUCGCCACCCAGCCCAACGUCUUCUUCUCCGUAAUGUUUGGAACCAAGCGGAGCGACGCCAACUGGCAGAAGCUCGAAAGAAACAACCCGCCAUAUUUUCAGUAUGCCAUCGCCGCCGAGAUCCCGCCCUUUGACCCGACCACCAGCUACAUCGACGGCCAGGUCCCCAUCCUGCUCAACGUCGACGACGAGUACGGCCAGAGCCUCGGCGUCGUCGAGGUCGGCGACUUUACCUACGAAGAUGCCGCCAACUACCAGUCGUACAGCGCCUCGUCCCCAACGGACGUCUCGCGCAAGAGGAAAAUCUCUGCCGAAUCCACAGACUACAUGCGCUCGCCCCCGAAGCGUACCAGCAGCCAGCAGUUCGUCAGUCACCGAACGAGCAGAGCCCCGAGCGUCUACUCGAACACUCCAAACUCCGAUCCACCCUACCUCCAAACCAACUCGGCGACUUCCUACGCCUAUCCCAGCAGCUACGACCGCACCCAGCCGCAAUCGCGGUCGUACGGCUCACAGUACCAGCAGCCGCAGGCACAGAAGCUUUCCUACCACCAGUAUUCGCCAGGACUCAGCGUCGUUCAGGGGCCAGUGAAGAGCUCGAGCUACGCUUCGUACGGAUCGCCAGGCCAGUCGCUCCGCAGCCCGUCGACGAUUUACUCAAACCAAAUGCUGGGCCGGUCGCAGACCAUGCCCUCGCCCUCGUCGUUGGCGAACCCGCCACUCAUUCGCACUUCGACGCUGCAGCCUUCGGGCGGUGUGCCAGGAGCCUCUCAAGCGUUCAAUCCGUACGCGAUGUAUCCAAACUCGAAGGCCACACUGAAGAUCGAAGGAGAGCUGGACACCAUGGCUGAGGACUGGAGCCGGGAAGAGUGGGAGGCCAAGCGGCGACUCGUCCAGUUUCGCCGGAGCCAGACUGGCAGCACCAUCACGACCAGCUUCAAAUCGGUCGCCCCCGAGGAUCGAACGCCGCAUAGCAUCUGCAUCAGCUGCAUCUGGUGGGAGGAGAAGCAAGAGUGCUUUGUCACGAGUGUCGACACGAUCUACCUGCUCGAGUCGCUCGUGGCGGUGCGGUUCACGGUGGAGGAGAAGAACCGCAUCCGCAGGAACUUGGAGGGCUUCCGACCGCUCACGGUUUCAAAGGCAAAGCCGGAGAGCGAGGAGUUCUUCAAAGUCAUCAUGGGCUUCCCGAACCCCAAGCCGAGGAACAUCGAGAAGGACGUCAAAGUGUUUCCGUGGAAAAUCCUGGCGCACGCGCUGAAGAAGAUCAUCGGCAAAUACUCUGCAAGCUACUCGUCGACGGCGGGCGCGCUACCCACGCCCGUGGCUAGCGGGUACGGAGGCGGACAUUCAGACUCGGGCACAGAGCUGAGGCACACGGCGUCGCCGCGGUCAGCGUCGAGCUCAGCAGCAUCGUCAACGUACCCCUCGGGCAUGACCUCGACGGCACUGUCGCCUAGCGUCAAGACAUCAGCUGGCCUCGGGCAAUCAGCAGGCCCACCCGACUUGCGCGUGUCGGUACCGCAGCUGGGCACGGGCGGAUCGUCAUUGGGGCAGUGGGGAGCGACACAGCACGCGCCCCCGCAAUACUCAGCAGGGCUCCCGGCGGGCGCAGGGCGAAACUCGUGGGACUUUGCGGCAUACAUCGAAGCAUCGCCGGCCGGGUCGACGAGUCUGCCUGGCGGGCAGGCGCUGCAGCUGCAGCGGACGGACAUGGGGGCCGAGGGGGUGCAAGGCUCGGUGGCGGGGCCCGAGGCGUAUCAGCAGUACGGUCAGCGGACCUCGCGGUCGUGA